CAGUCAAGAUUUUGCUGUGUGCCAUUGACUGGAAGUAUGGGCGGGCGUAAUCUUCGUGACACUGGUGGGGUGUGCGCUGUUGGGUACGACAGAAACUACAGAGAGGCAGUAUUUCCAAUAAAACGAUGGCUGCAAUCAGAAAGAAACUAGUAAUAGUCGGUGACGGAGCCUGUGGCAAGACCUGUCUCCUCAUAGUAUUCAGCAAGGAUCAGUUCCCUGAGGUCUAUGUGCCUACGGUGUUUGAAAACUACGUGGCAGAUAUUGAAGUGGAUGGUAAACAGGUGGAGUUGGCUCUGUGGGACACAGCGGGUCAGGAGGAUUAUGACCGACUGAGGCCUCUCUCGUAUCCAGACACGGAUGUCAUUCUGAUGUGUUUCUCCAUUGACAGCCCUGACAGCUUAGAAAAUAUUCCAGAGAAGUGGACUCCUGAGGUCAAGCACUUCUGUCCCAAUGUGCCCAUUAUUCUUGUGGGAAACAAGAAAGACUUGAGAAAUGAUGAGCACACACGCCGAGAAUUAACCAAAAUGAAACAGGAACCAGUGAAGUCAGAUGAAGCAAAGGAGAUGGCUAACCGGAUCAAUGCGUUUGGUUACUUGGAAUGCUCAGCCAAGACAAAGGACGGUGUAAGGGAGGUGUUUGAGAUGGCCACCAGGGCAGCACUGCAGGCCAAGAGAAGAGGCAAGAAGAGUGGUUGCCUCCUGCUAUAGAGCAGGCUAGGGAGUUAAAGGGGAAAAUAACCUGUCCAACUCAAACACUUCUAUUGUGUCUGCUUUGUUGUGAUGGCAGGCAGAAUUCAAUAGGGCCUUUUUUGGGAUGAAGGAAAGAAGUCAAACCAGGCCAAAAGGAAAAAGAAGGAGAAAAAAACAACAACAAAAAGGGGAGCAUAUACAUUAAUGUCCACGGCUAUAACUUUUAGCUUUCAAAUGCAAAUGCUUUAAUCUUGUGCUUUAGCACGGAUUAGACCUGGCAUUAGGCAAAAACAGAAAGAAGGGUACAUCCCUCUGUCAUACUUGUUAAAGUGUGGUUGGUUUUGGUCUUUAAGUAAGAUUUCCAUUUGUCUAAGUUGAAUAUGAUGGUCUCCUUCAUCCUAAACCAUAGUUCUAUGAUUUGUGGCUGAGACCAGCUCCAGAACAAGUCAUAGGUGUUCAGUACACCCACCGAUGAAUGCCUACUUAACUGCUGGAAGGCAUUCAGUGUAACUGUGCUUGUCUUGUAGUUUAUACCCUACUGUUUUGUAAUUUUUUCAACUUGCCCUUAUUUCCCAGAAGAGACCAACUUAAAAUCACACGGACCUGCUUUUGUUUUUUUAUGAACAUGUAGUAUUUGAUCCAAAAUGAGAUUAUUCAUUUUUUAAGAUAAAUGCAUGAUGGUUAUAAGACCAACUUGAGGCCAAUUCAUGCUUACUGCAUCCAUGUCAUCAGUCACAAGUCCAUCAGUAGUCUAAAUUUUGUGAUCGCCUGGACAGUCCACACUACAAGCAUGUCUACUACACAUGUGUUAAGAAAACAAGCAGUGAUUAAAAUAAAUGCUUGGUAUAAAGAGAGACUCUACAAGGAGAUUUUCUGUCAUCCACACCAAUUUAUUGUUAAAAAAAUUUUAAUUAGUCGUUAUCGGACUUUGGAGGAGUUUUGUUUGUACAUGCUUUUAUUGACGGAGUCCAGACAUGGUAUUAAGUUCUCCAUUUUUGGGGGGAUCAAAAAAUCCUUUGCUGCGUUGACACACUAUGCCUGGCACACUUCAGGAAUAAUCACUGAUAGGCUGCUACAAUGUCAGCUGCUGGUUUCUUGUGCUUUUGUAUGUUCAAUAUGAGGGGAAAUGCAACCAGCUGCGUAGCAGACUGGCAUGGUUCUAUUGAAGUAUGAACAGAGCUGCAUCUACAUCCUAUUGACCUAUGAAUACAGACAUGGAAAGUGUUUUAUAGAAUUUCAAGUUAUUUGACCUGAACUUACCUUUCAAGCCAGAAAACUGUGAUUUAAUUGAUGUGGACAGUAACACACUGUACUGAGUUGGGUAUUCAAGGAGGUACCAAAAGUGUAUUAUCCUCUAGACAGUUCUCAGAUAGUAGCAGAGCCCUAAUUUAUCUCUCAACACAGAGUUUCUGAUUUUUCCAUCAAACAGAGUUAUAUUAGAUACCAGAAAAGCAAGUGUAUUCCAUCACAUGCCUUUAUGCUUUGAGGUAUAAUACACAUUUUCACAGCAUAAAUACAGGACAGGUAUACUGUCAUGUCAGAUCUUCUCUUUUCCAUUUCAGACACUUUUCCUCAUUCACUUAGGUUUUGGUAUUAUUUUAUCACUACCAUCAUUGAACAAAACACCUAAGCCCCUUUCAGACAUGCACUCUGCUCUGUUAAUCUGAUGGCAAGUUUAAAAGUCAGUUUCAUGUCUGAAUGCACACCCUAGUCAUGUGUCUGUACAAGUUACUGUCCGACCAAUUCUGUAUCACUUUCAACACAGUACAUGCCCAAACUUAACCAUUACAUUAAUGGAUAGACACACACAAACAUGGGUUCACAAGUUCUGUGGAGAGAUUUAGAGAAGAAUUUUUCCACAUUCAGCUCCAAUAUUAGUCAAAAAACAUCAGAUGCUUAAUAAACAGUUGGUGUGUCAAAUUCACAACACACCUUUCCUCUCACUCAUUUUGCUCUACAAUUUCAAAUCUGGUGCUACAGAAUUAAAUGUUCAUUAAAGUACUAUUUUAUUGCAAUGAAAACAGACAACAGAUCAAACGUUAAUGAAACUCACCAAUGAUGAAUGUAAUCCAAGUUUUUUUCCCCUCUAACAAGAUGUUAACAGAAACUAAAGUUUGUUGCUUUCACCUUUUUAUAACUAUUCUCUCUGAAGAUUUUAAUUACUUGCAGUAUCAGGCUGCAGUAGGAUCCAUAUGCACAUAUUCAAAGAGCGCGCGAGAUGCGCACAUUUGCACAAGGUCAACAGCAGCACUGGUAACUUCAGUUAAUGUAUACAAUAUCAAAAAAUUAUAACAGAGAGAGCAUGGAGACCAUCUGGAUGAUCAGAUCCAGUCCAGGAUCUGACAGCAAAUCAUGCUGUAGGCUUAUGAGUUUUCAUAUCAGACAGAUGUGUCACACACAGAAUCGCAGUUUAGUUUCCAGCUGUUUAGGACUAUUUUUAUUUAUUGCAUACCUGGAGUAUCAGACAGCGAUAGAAUCAGCAUGUAUCUCGAAAGAGAGUGCUGCACACAUUUACACAUGUAACAACAGCAGCACUUUUAUUAAUUAGUUUUUAAUAUAAAUUAUUUAUGUCAUGGAAAAGGAUCAGUCCGUAUCAGUACUUUUCUUCACCUCAGACAGGUGAACUGCUAAGCAAUGAAUCAAAGAUUGUCAGCUGCAGUUAAAAUUUUUGUCCAAGUGCAGCAGUCCUCAGGUUAAGUCCUUCGCUUCAGUUUUAAAUGUUAGAAGUAAAUUGGGCUGGUAUUUAUUUAAACACUUGGGUAAACUGUUACUUUAGAUUUAACUUGUUAUUGUAGUAUUGUGCAUUUUACAUCACAUGGUAUAAUCUUACAUGAAUGACUAAUUUUACAUGCGUACCACAUCUCUCUUUGGCACUUUGGGAAGUAUCUCUGCAUGAAAACAUAACCUAUGAAUAAAGGACCAGUAUGCUGUCACUUUAAUGGAUUGAUAAAGGCAGCAAAGUUCCAUUUCCCAUAUCUGAAGUGGGUUUUUAUUUCUCCAUUUUAAAAAAGUCUUCCACUACCAGUAAGCAAAAAAUACUAGAAUUUCCUACUACACUCUUUGAGAGUGCAGAAACAGGUAAUUUUACUCCACAGACUGCAACAAAAUCUGAGCCAGAUGGUUACAGCUUAAGGUGCAAUUUUGUGACUAAGUACGAUGUCCCAAUUGUGUGAUACUGCAUAAAACAGUAUGAACUUUGUAAAGGCAGCUUUAGUAUGUGCUGAAAGGAAAAAGGAAAAGUAUAUGAUUUGGAGUACAGGGUCAGUAACCUAACAGCCAUCAAAAAAAGCAAAGAAGUAACUGCAAACAACUGGUGAAGGAAAACAGAAUCUCUUUUCAAGAGAUACUGGUAUGCUUGUGCUGUACUAAUAAAACAAAUACUGUGGAAAUGUACACUAUUCAAAAUUUUAGUGUGAGAUGUACAGUUGUAGAAUCUCUCCCAUUAUUUAAAUAUAAGCUUUUAUUUGAACAUUUAGAGUGCACCCGUAUGUAUGUUUUAUCUCCUCUCACAGGACAACUAUUGUUUUUCUGCUUUGUAUUUUGUAUGUUAUUUUACUUUUAUGUGAUAGUCUACUGACUAACCUCAAAUUAUUUGCACACAUGAAGAUCAGUGUGGUAUACACUUUGAAAACAUGAUUCAAAAUGCAACUGGUGUUGGUCAGUUUUUCAUACUUAUUUUCACAGACAAAUAUAUCCUCAUAUUCCUCCAUGUGUCUUUUCUAAUGUUUUAAUGUAAUGCCUAAUGGAAAUAAACUUAACAUAAUGAUUGAAUUUUA